UGAUGGACAUUUAGUUCAUUUUCGUUGUGACAAAUUCUCGUUAUCCAGUGAAUAAUACAAUACUUUUAUUAAUUACGUCAUCUAGCACCAGUGCGAGUCGAUUAUUGCUGUAAAAAUAAGACGAAUUGUCAUUUUUUUCUAGUUUUACGAUGAAGUGGUUUCCUGGAAGUAUCAAUGAAGCAGUGGCGGCUUCAAAGUCAAGGAAAGCUGUUUUUGUCGUUUUCGUGGCAGGAAAAGAUGAUGCAUCGACGGAAACAGCUGGGAUAAUUGAUUCCCCUGAGAUAUCAUCUCGCCUGGAGCACGAAAAUUUCGUAGCAAUCAGACUUGAGAGUGACACGGACUCGUACAGAUUCUUUGCCCAGAUUUAUCAGCUGGUGCCGAUUCCAUCGCUUUUCUUCAUCGGGGAUAAUGGAAGUCCCCUGGAGAUUGUGGCUGGCACUGUCAAUGCUCAGACUCUUCAUGAGAAAAUUGAUGCCGUUCUCCAGAAAGCCAGCAAGGGAAAGAACGAGAUAUCCGGUGAUUUCAUCAGGGGUGAGCAGAGUGCGUCUGCAGCAGGACAGAGUGUCCCAGCAUCCAGUUCUGCUGGGGUUGUCUCACCACAAGUUCAGAGGAAUGAAGGGGCCUCUGGAUCCUCCGGGGAAACCCCAGGGCUGACACCCCUGGAGAAAAAACCAGCUGAAUUAACCCCUGAGGAGAAAGUUGAACGCGCCAGACAACUGAUUGAACUCCAGAAGCAGCAGAGAAUCGAGAAAGAACGUGAGGAGGAGAGGCAACGUGAGAUCGAACGCAGGAGAGUUGGAAAAGAUGCGCAGACAGCCAGACAACGUCACCAGGAGUUGGAGAUAAAAAUGGCACAGGAGGAGAGGGCGAAGGAGAAAGCAGCUGAGUCAGAGGCCAGGGAGCGGGUCAGGCAGCAAAUUGCUCAGGAUAAAGUGGAGAGGAAGCAGAGAGAACAGACACUACUUCAGCAGAAUUCACAGCAGUCUCAGGAUCGUCCCCAGCAGCCGGCAGCACCUCCUGCAGAUGGUGUCGUCAGGAUCCAGUUCAGACUGCCCUCUGGCAACCCCCACAUGGGCAAAUUCGAACUGACGAGUACACUUCGUGAUCUCCGUGCAUAUGUUACCAGCAAUAUUGAUUUACCAUUCCGUAAUUUCACAAUGUCUACGUCCUUCCCGAGGAGGGAUCUCAGCGCUGAGGACGAUGGAAGGACACUGGUGGAUUUGCAAUUGGUCCCGACAGCUGUUAUCCUAAUUCUGCCUCUCAAAAAUUCAACAACAACUUCAGCUGUGGCAUCCAGGGAGGAGGGGAGCUUCCUCUCUCGUUUCAUGUGGACAGUUUUUUCACCGAUAAUUUCUGUCUUCAAUUAUGUGGUGAGCUACUUCACUGGUCCAUCAACCAGUGGAUCCAGCAGAGAGGGAAAUGAUGAGGCAAGUCCAGCAGGAGUUGCACCACGUGCCACACCUACUCGUCAAAUUGGUCAACCAUCUGGUCUCUUUGGCAGGAAUUUGGGAGGCCCCAGCACGACCAUCAGAGCCCGGGGAAAUAUCCACAGGCUCUACACUGGGGGCGAUGAUAAUGAUGAAAACAACACGUGGAAUGGAAAUUCAACGCAACAGAUGUAAAAAUUGAUCAUGAUUAUUACUGAUACUUUAAUUAAUUUUUUUUUCAAUCAACGA